UAUAACAUGUUACAGAGAACAUACAUUGUGCCCUCGACAUUGUCUUGCUGGCAGUUUCAGCAGUCUGUUGUCCUGGAAAACCUAAGAAACACAGGCAAAGACCUCAAACUUGGUGGGGAUGCUCGAUGUUCUUCGCCAGGCCACACCGCUAAAUAUGGAAGUUACACUUUAAUGGAUGUUGAAACUUCAAAGGUUAUUGACUUGCAACUAGUUCAGUCUAAUGAAGUGAAGAACUCUUACAAUAUGGAACUUGAAGGUCUGAAGCGGUCCCUGAGAUUUCUUGAAGAAGAAGGUGUGAGUGUGUCUGACUUGGUGACAGACAGGCACAGUCAGGUCAAGAAAUUCAUGAAGACGGAAUGCCCCAGCAUUAAUCACUGGUUUGACGUUUGGCAUGUGGCAAAAGGAGUCUACAAAAAGUUGGAAGCUCUUGGCAAGACCAAAAAGUAUGCUUUGGUUGGACAAUGGGCUAGAUCAAUCAGCAACCAUGUGUACUGGUGUGCAGCCAGUAGUGAUGGAGAGGAGGAACUUGUGCGUCAAAAAUGGACCAGCAUCACCAAUCACAUAGCCAACAUCCACGAUGGUCAUGGGGACAAGUUUGAGAGAUGCCAGCAUGGAGAUCUGGAAAGGAAUUGGUUCAAGCCAGGUAGCAAAGCUUUGGGAGAAGUGGAAAAGAUUGUCCACAACAAACUGCUAUUGAAGGACAUUGGGAAACUGUCUCCAGGUGAACAGACAUCGAGCUUGGAAUCUUUCCACAACAUUGUUAACUUCUUCGCACCAAAGUCAACUCACUACUUUUACAACCAGAUGAAAGCCAGACUUUGCCUUGCUGCCAUGCAUUUCAAUGUGAAUUCAUCAAGAUCACAGGCAGUGAAGGACGGAAAAGGGCAAUACAGAGUUUCAUUUCCAAAAAGUAGGAAAGGGGAUCCAGUAGCAAAGGAAGUCAAAGUAAAGCAAAACUUUUGUUACAUUCAAGAGCUCAUGGAUGAAGUGGUCAUCAGAAGGGAAAUGUUUUCAACAUAUGACCAGGCCAAGAGAGCGUUACAACAGGAGCUAGACCCUGCCCCACCUUCAAUCUCUGGACAGAAGAGGGACGUCAUUCAGGACUACAACAGAGACAUUGUCAUUCAGAACAUGUGUAGGAGAUUCAAUUGUUAUGUUAGAAACGAGGAUAGUGGAAUCCGGUAAAUUGUUCUGAGGGAAAUGUCCUUCGAAUGGCAGAGACAGCACAAGAUGGAAUUACUUUUCGAUUCUUCUUGCCUAGAACUUUCCAUGUCCAUCUUAUAAAUCUUCUGUAGGCAACAAGACGAUAUGUUCUGAAAAAAGUAUACAUUUUAAUUAAACAUCAUUCAUCUGAUAUUAUUAAUCAAAAAAGCACAAUACCAAGGAACUUACAUGUACAUUCUGUAAUAGAUUUCAUGUGUAUUAACUAUAUUUUUGUAUUCAUUGUAUACAUGAUUCAUGAAAUAAAUUGGCAUGAAAACUGGACCAUUGAUAAUUUUUUUGGCAACAUUGAUGAAUAAAUGAUUGAAUGUUGGUUUUUGUUGAUCUCAGCCUCACUUACCUGUGUAUAUUUUCCUGUGGAACAUUUCCAUAUUCUUCUGCAAACUCAUAAAACGAUGUCUCUAACACAUGCAUAUUCAAGCAGUUUGCUGUAAAUCCUUCGUGCUGUGUUAUACACUCAAUGUUUUCUAACUUAUCUUGUAAAAUGUCAAUGUCAUGACAACAUUUUCGUUCCUCAACUGUAGGCAUAGAGAAACAGAAGCUACACGAACACCUGUUCAAAAGACAAUUGAAAUUUUGUCAAUGACACAAUUCUCGUUAUGUCAGAUAUGACGAAAUAACAGACAUUUUGUAAAGUAAUUAAAUUUCAUCUUCAAUUACACAUUGCAUUACUUGAAAAUAUGUUUUGAAUUGCAAUGCAUAUUUGCAAGAUUUCUUUUUAUUUCCCCAUGCCUGUACUUCCUAUAACAUUAUUCAACAAAAUCUAUGUAUAAAUAAACUUUAUGAUACGAAUUCAA